GGCACGGCGGCGGGCGCUGCCGCGGAGCGGCCGGCGGGCAGGAUAUUAAAAAAAAAAAUUGCAUGGAUCAAAAUAAGGCUCUCUUGUGACCUCCUCACCUCAAGGGCCUACAUUGUACAGAACCAACUCCAGUUUCCAGCCAGCUGCGUAUAGCACUGAAGGAAAAUGAACAUACUGAGCAGGCACCACUCUUCGUGCUUUCUGCCUACCAUACGCCUUGUCAUCUUACUAGCAGCUCUGACAACUGCUGAGGAUGUGACUAAUAGCACUUUCAACCGCACUGGCACAAACACAGGAUCUGUGCCUGUGGUCAUCUCCCACAUCGACCACAUCAUAGUCAAGGAGGGGUGUAGCGCCUUGAUUGACUGCAGUGUCCAAGGUAGCCCUAGUCCACGUUACAGAUGGUACAAUUCCAACGGCCGCCUGCUUCAAGAGGAAGAGAAUAAAGCAGGAAAAUGGUGGUUUCUUGACAAUGGGCUCCUAAACAUUACCAGCGUGUCUUUUGAAGACAGAGGUAAAUACACGUGUGUUGCAUCUAAUAUGCACGGCAGUGUUAACAAUACUGUGACUCUGAGGGUCAUCUUUACUUCUGGAGAUAUGGGUAUCUACUACAUGAUUGUCUGCCUUGUAGCUUUCACCAUUGUUAUGAUACUGAACAUUACGCGGCUGUGCAUGAUGAGCAGUCACCUGAAGAAAACGGAGAAAGCAAUCAACGAAUUCUUCAGAACAGAAGGAGCAGAGAAACUCCAGAAAGCCUUUGAGAUUGCAAAACGUAUCCCAAUUAUCACUUCAGCCAAAACGCUCGAGCUUGCCAAAGUAACACAGUUCAAGACCAUGGAAUUUGCUCGCUAUAUCGAAGAGCUUGCUCGGAGUGUGCCUUUGCCACCUCUCAUCAUGAACUGCAGGACUAUAAUGGAAGAAAUUAUGGAGGUUGUCGGUCUGGAGGAGCAAGGACAGAAUUUUGUACGGCAGACAGCAGAAGGCCAGGAAACCGCUGAAACAGACGAGCUCUACACGAUCCCGAAUGCUUUGAAGCGCAGUGACUCUCCCACAGCUGACUCUGAUGCAUCUUCACUGCAUGAGCCACCGCAACAGAUUGCAAUAAAAGUGUCGGUUCACCCGCUGUCCAAAAAGGACUGCAUGGACGGUCAGUCACAGGAAAGCGUGCAGUUGGACACCAAGGAAGAAGACCUUCCUCAAACACCAGCACUUCCAGCAGAGCCCGCUCCUGAGCCUUCUGCCGAACUGAGUUCUGAUGACACAGCAUUGGCAAAUGACACGUGUGUUAUAUAUGAAAGCCAUGUAUGAUAGUUACUCCUGAAUCUAUGCAUAGCAGGAAAAUCAGGUGGAGCUCUUUUAAAAAUACAUAUUGUACUUGCCGCUAAGCCUUACCAGGAGACUAUCAUAGCAAAGCAUGUAUGUGGAUUAUUGGCACUUUCUUCUCAGUUUGACUUUAAUUUAUCAUGAUGUAUAGCAGAGUAAUUGCUAAUACAUUAAUACUAUUUGCUCUUUUGGAUUAGGAGUAUUUCCAAGAAACAUUUACCUCAGCGUUUUCUAGGCUGGAGUCACCUGUAGUGGCCACCUGGAAGUCACUGGUAGUAUUUGAUGUAGGACAUCGAACUUACUGAACACAAAACAGGUUUUCAUUUUCUUCCUUCACAGUCAUUAUUUUCCAUUAUUUUGCAAAUACUGUCUGGUGAAUUUGAAUUAUUGCCCAAGAGGCAGCGCUCCCAUAGCCAAAUAAAGUCCUAAUAGAUUACUUUUACAAA